AAGGCGGAGAGAGCGGCUGCGGCGCUGCUCCCGCCCCUUCGGGGGCUGGGAUCCGCCCUUUCCGCUGGGACGGCGACGCGGCGCUGCCCAGGAUGGUGGCGGGAGGGCUGUGCYUGUGUGGGCUCCUCAGUGGAAUUCUGUGUGUCUGCUUGGUGGUACUGCUAUGGGGAKUACGGCUCUGGAUACAAAGGAAGAAACAGUUGAUCUCAGCUGGAACAGAUGGGAAGCGGCCACUGCUGGUGGCCUUUUUUCACCCAUAUUGCAAUGCAGGAGGUGGAGGGGAAAGAGUCUUGUGGUGUGCCAUAAGAACACUUCAGAAAAAGUACAGAAAUGUAACAUGUGUUGUUUACACUGGUGAUAGAGAUGUGACUGGAGAAGAAAUAGUGGAAGGUGCUUUCAGAAGAUUCAAUAUUAAGUUAAUUCAUCCUGUGAAGUUUGUAUUUCUAGAAAAACGCUUCCUUGUGGAAGCAUCUCUUUAUCCUCACUUCACUUUGCUGGGACAAAGUUUAGGAUCAGUGUUUCUCGGCUGGGAAGCUCUUCUAAAGUGUGCUCCUGAUAUUUAUAUUGACUCAAUGGGUUAUGCCUUCACAAUUCCCCUCUUCAAAUACCUGGGAGGUUGUCGCGUUGGAUGCUAUGUUCAUUAUCCCACUAUCAGCACUGAUAUGCUCUCUGUYGUGAGGAAUCAGGAUACCAGGUUUAACAAUGCUGUGUUCAUUACAAGCAGUCCUUUCUUUAGCAAAUUUAAACUUGUCUACUACUACUUCUUCGCUUUCAUGUACGGGUUGGUUGGUUCCUGCAGUGAUGUGGUCAUGGUGAAUUCUACUUGGACACUGAAUCACAUCCUUUCCCUCUGGAGAGUGGGGGCUUGCACUAGUGUUGUGUAUCCACCAUGCGAUGUUCAGACUUUCCUGGAUAUUCCACUGGAAGUGGAAAAGAGCACCAGUGAAUAUUCCAUUGUUUCUGUCAGCCAGUUCAGGCCUGAAAAAGAUCAUCCUUUGCAAAUCAGAGCCUUUGCUAAGUUGCUGAAAGAGAAGAGAGUGGGACAGCAGCCAUCACUGAAGCUGAUCUUAAUUGGCGGCUGUCGUAACCAGCAAGAUGAAGAGCGUGUCAAUAAGCUGAAAUGUCUGUGUGAAGAUCUGGGAGUUAGUGACGAUGUGGUGUUCAGGAUAAACAUUCCCUUUGAGGAGCUGAAGAGACACCUGGCUGAGGCCACCAUCGGCCUGCAUACCAUGUGGAAUGAGCACUUCGGCAUUGGAGUAGUUGAAUGUAUGGCAGCUGGCACAGUUAUCCUGGCUCACAAUUCUGGAGGCCCCAAAUUAGACAUCGUGGUACCCCAUGAAGGACGUGUUACAGGCUUCCUAGCAGAAGAUGAGGAUGGUUAUGCUGAGACCAUGGCUUAUAUCUUCUCUUUGCCUCCUGAGAAAAGAUUGGAGGUCAGAGAAAAUGCUCGUCGCUCUGUKCACAGGUUUUCUGACCAGCAUUUUGAAGAGACAUUCCUGUUAUCUGUGGAGCCAUUAUUUAAAUAAAUGUAUAUAAAUGAAAAUGAGUAAAAUUAACUUUUUAUAUUUGGAUGUGUGGCAUGUGUAAAUAUGUCUAAUCUAAGAUCUCUUGAUCCCAUUCAAUAAAGAGAUUGCUUUUCUUU